UGAUUUUAUACCUCAACCAGUUUAGAAUUUUACUUUUUUAUUAAUCAUCGCCAUAAGAACACAAAAUUUGAUUUUUUCAAUUAGAUAAAGUUUCAUCUAUUGCCAAAUUUUAAGUGAUUUUAAAUCAAUAAUCGGGCCACCAUGAGCAUCGUGCAGGAGGACACCAAGGCGAGUAUCCUCAGUGUGGUGAAGCCGCCGCCGAGUUGGGUGGAAUGGUGCGAGCGGAAUGCCAAGCCGAUCGAGCGCCGUUUGUACCGGGAGAAGCGUUACUUGACCCGAUGGCAGAUUCCGGGACCCAUGAAGAAGGCUCAGUGGAAGGAGUUCUACGAGUGGGCAGCCACCAGAUCCAUGCCCAAGGAGCUGCCGCCGGUCGUCCGGGAGCCCAUACCCUGCUUCCCCAAGUAUUUGCCAUGUGGCAGAAAACCGCGCCAAAUCGAUCCCGAGGAAUUCCAGGAGAAGGUUGCUAAGCUAGCCACGCCCCUCGAACGGAAGAUGACGCCGAAGCACGAGUACAUCUAUCCGGUGCAUCCAUACUCCCCGAUAAUUGUCUGGGGUCAGCCACCGCUCCAUGACAAAGGACGACCCUUUAAGCCCCCACCAAAGCCGUGCUGUUUCUUCAACGCCGACAUCGAGGACAAGUGGUGGGCCGAACUCCGCUUCCCCAUUCGCAAGGCCGCGCUCAAGGCCACGAUCACACCACGAAUCCUUAGCCUAUCGAAACCGAAGAUCACGCCUCAAUUUCCCCCGCAUUGCUACCAUCCGGAUCAUAUCUACGAUGUCCUCAAUGUCAAGCCGCCAAGGAGGAAGAAGUUUACUCCCCAGGGAUGGCGUCUUCACCAGAUCCGAUUGCUAUAUCUUUCCAAGCCAGUGUCUCGUCCCGAAUACGAGUAUUUUUAUAUGUAAUUUAGUGUCACAUGGCGUCCAAAGCAACUGUUUUCAAUCCAAGAUAAUUGUUUAUGAUUUCAAAUAUAUGUUGUACUAAAGUAUAAGUA